GUCAGGGAGAAUCUAUAAAUGUCCAUUGCCAUCGAGGUUCUGCUAUUUUUGAGAAGCUGAAGCAACUCCAAGGACACAGUUCACAGAAAUUUGGUUCUCAGCCCCAAAAUACUGAUUGAAUUGGGGACAAUUACAAGGACUCUCCGGCCAAAAACCCUUGAAGAGGCCCCGUGAAGGAGGCAGUGAGGAGCUUUUGAUUGCUGACCUGUGUCGUACCACACCAGAAUGUGCACUGGGGGCUGUGCCAGAUGCCUGGGGGGGACCCUCAUUCCCCUUGCUUUUUUUGGCUUCCUGGCUAACAUCCUGUUAUUUUUUCCUGGAGGAAAAGUGAUAGAUGACAACGACCACCUUUCCCAAGAGAUCUGGUUUUUCGGAGGAAUAUUAGGAAGCGGUGUCUUGAUGAUCUUCCCUGCACUGGUGUUCUUGGGCCUGAAGAACAAUGACUGCUGUGGGUGCUGCGGCAACCAGGGCUGCGGAAAGAGAUUUGCGAUGUUCACCUCCACGAUAUUUGCUGUGGUUGGAUUCUUGGGAGCUGGAUACUCAUUUAUCAUCUCAGCCAUUUCAAUCAACAAGGGUCCUAAAUGCCUCAUGGCCAAUAGUACAUGGGGCUACCCUUUCCACGACGGGGAUUAUCUCAACGAUGAGGCCUCAUGGGACAAGUGCCAAGAGCCUCUCAAUGUGGUUCCCUGGAAUCUGACCCUCUUCUCCAUCCUGCUGGUCGUAGGAGGAAUCCAGAUGGUUCUCUGUGCCAUCCAGGUGGUCAAUGGCCUCCUGGGGACCCUCUGUGGAGACUGCCAGUGUUGUGGCUGCUGUGGGGGAGAUGGACCCGUUUAAACCUCCGAAAUAAGCUGCUCAAACUCUACAGCGUGAUGACUACAAUUUCUUUUCAUAAAACUUCUUCUCUUCUUGGGAUUGUUAAUUCCUAUCUGCUUCCUAGAUGACAAAGCUUAGAAAAGGCAGUUAUUCCUUCUUUCCAACCAGCUUUGCUCGAGUUAGAAUUUUGUUAUUUUCAAAUCAAAAAUAGUUUGGCCACUUAACAAAUUUGAUUUUUUUAACAAAUUUGAUUUAUAAAUCUUUCAAAUUAGUUUCUUUGUAGAAUUUACCAGCAGGUUCAAAGUAUACUUUUCAUAAUUUUUUUAUUACAAAUGUAAAAUGUAUAAAGUCAAUGUACUGCCAUACUACUUCUUUGUAUAUAAAGAUGUUUAUAUCUUUGGAAGUUUUACAUAAAUCAAAGGAGGAAAGCACAUUUAAAAUGAGAAACUAAGACCAAUUUUUGUUUUUAAGAUGUAUAAGGAAAAAGAAUGAUUGAUGUAUCCUAAGUAUUGUUAUUUGUUGUCUUUUUUUGCUGUCUUGCUUGAGUUGCUUGUGACUGAUCUUUUGAGGCUGUCAUCAUUGCUAGGGUUCUCUUACGUAUGUUAAAUUAAAACCUGAAUUCAGAGGUAA